GGACUUAGACACAGUCCCUUCCGCGGAAGACGUGGAGACGAGUAGCUGCUUUGGGGCUGAUCCUGCGGAGCGGGGUGCCCCUCCCCGCCCCCAUCUCCCUGGGUUUCACUCGGGCUUUCUGCAAAGGGAGGGGACAACCAGGGAGCCCUGUGCAUCACGCUUCCCUGAGCUGCAGGCGAGGAGCCCCGCGCCCUCGGGAACCUCAGCGGCGUGCCCUCGGUCUCGCGGGGGGUGCGGGCUAUCCCCGCCACCCCCACCCGAGGCUCGCCCUCGCUCGGUCUCUCCAGCCCCGCCAGCCGGAGCGCGCACACCGGGGCUCCCGCACGUGGGCGCGCGGGAGGCGGCGGCCGCUGCUGCCCGAGCCCGCGCCGGGCAGAUCGCCCUCCAUGCUGCGGGAGCCGCGGCCGCCUUGCGCUUAGCCUCUCGCCCCAGCCGAGCACCGUGAGCGGGUGGAGCAGCCGAGGGGACCCGGACCGUGACGCUAGCGAGCGGCGCAGCAGGCUGGAGCAAGCCAGGCUCUGAGUGAAGGGCGCCUGCCUGCUGGGAGCAAGGCACCCCGGCUGGGUCGCUAGCCCGGGGUUCCUGACAGCGCUGAGGGCUUCGGGCAGUGCGAUGUCGUUGUGCUGCUUCUAGGCGGUGGCCAGGGACACCUCCAGCAGCCACUCGGCCCGCACCCGCGGCCCCCAAUUCCCUUCCAUCCGCAAGUCCUCAGAUCGCUCCUGGAGGACGAGCCGGGCCAUCCUAGGCGAAGCGGGCGCCAAGUCUGAAGUCUGUUCCCGGCAUCACCAACUUCCCCGGGAGCCCCUCGGCCCGCUGCAGCCUGUGCCAGCCCCGGGAGCGAUGCGCCCCCAGCCGGGCGGCGCGCCCUCUGCCAACUCGCCACCCAUGGGAUCCACUGCCCUCGGCUGCCCCGCUUGGAGCGCUUAGCUCUCACCGCGCGGCCCAGGAGAGGAGUGAGACACUCAGGGGUUUCGUAGACCCUACGUGCACCAAGCUGCUGAGAACCCCUACAGGGCAAGCAUCGAAAUUUGAGGACUUAGAAGAACCUGCCAUCCUCAGGAACUUGGAACCUGUGUGGAAGUUAAGGAGACUGUUGCUGUGGUGGGAGCCUGAGAACACUAUUUCAAUCCCAAUGUUGCUCUGACAUUUGUGUUUAAGAUUCAAGAAGAUUAAGAGUAAAAAGAUGCCUCAGGAACAGUACUCACACCAUCGGAGCGCCAUGCCCAGCUCUGAGGGGCCACACAUUUACAAAGUGGGGAUUUACGGCUGGAGGAAGAGAUGCCUGUAUUUCUUUGUCCUGCUCCUCAUGAUUUUAAUACUGGUGAACUUGGCCAUGACCAUCUGGAUUCUCAAAGUCAUGAACUUCACAAUUGAUGGAAUGGGGAACUUAAGAAUCACAGAAAAAGGUCUGAAGCUAGAAGGAGACUCAGAAUUCUUACAACCUCUCUACGCCAAAGAAAUCCAGUCCCGACCAGGUAAUGCCCUAUACUUCAAGUCUGCUAGGAACGUGACAGUGAACAUUCUCAAUGACCAGACAAAAGUGCUGACUCAGCUGGUGACAGGUCCGAAAGCUGUGGAAGCAUAUGGCAAAAAAUUUGAAGUAAAAACUGUAUCUGGAAAGUUGCUCUUUUCUGCGGAUGACAGUGAAGUGGUUGUGGGAGCUGAGAGAUUGAGAGUCUUGGGAGCUGAAGGCACAGUCUUCCCCAAAUCCAUAGAAACGCCUAAUGUCAGAGCAGACCCCUUCAAAGAACUAAGGUUGGAGUCCCCAACCCGAUCUCUAGUGAUGGAAGCCCCAAAAGGGGUAGAAAUAAAUGCAGAAGCUGGCAAUAUGGAGGCCACCUGCAGGAGUGAGCUGAGACUAGAGUCUAAGGAUGGAGAGAUUAAGUUGGAUGCUGCAAAAAUCAAACUACCUAGACUGCCUCGUGGAUCCUACACACCCACAGGAACAAGGCAGAAGGUCUUCGAGCUCUGCGUCUGCGCCAAUGGAAGGUUAUUUCUGUCUCAGGCAGGAACUGGUUCCACUUGUCAGAUAAACACAAGUGUCUGCCUUUGAAAGACUAUCCAUAGUGGACAACUGUCGGCAGCAUAAAGGCCCUUUUCGGCUAGAGACGCUGGCUGCCAGCUAUUUUUACUAGAACACAGAAAGCCUAUCAAAGACCUUUUGUGUGUAUGUAUGUGUGAAUGAGUGGGUUGUGUGUGUGUGUGUAUGUGUGUGAAUGCAUAUAAAUAUAUAAAUAUAUAUAAAUAAAUAUAUAUAUCCUCUGUAUAAAAUGAGGUUUCAGUACAAAAGGAACCAUGGGUGACCCUGUGACAUCAUCUACUGUCAUCUUUCUGCCCCAUCCCAAUCAUCCAUACAGCAGAAUCUAAGCACUCAUUCAGGCUCGGCAUGCCCCAGGCAAUUUCAAAUCACACAGUGGAAUAAGUAUGUAUAGAAUAUCCAUCGAUACGUUCAUUAAAUCACCCAGCUUCUCUCUUAGUGUCAUUAGAGGCAGUGAUGGCGGGAAUCUUCAGGCUUAUCUCAAGUGCUGAUAAUCUGGUAUAAAAAAUAAACAUUUGACCCAUCUAAAAUCCCCCAAACCAAGGAAGUUGUGAUGAUGGAGGCUAGCCUGGACUACAUAGUAAGACUGUCUUUGAAAACAUAGACAUUUGGUUUUCCUUUCUUAGCUUCAGCCAAGCUGAUCAAGUUCUUCUCUUCAAGAUAAAAAUGGGGUAAACCCGUAAAAAUUAGCCAUAAGAACUCAAAAUGGCCAUCCUACCUUUGCAGAUCAACAUACUAGUUGUGUGACUAAAUGAAUGGGAGUUGGCAGUAUUGAACUCUGAACGAUUUUAAGCCACUACCCUAACUUCUACUUAUUCUGCUUCCUUUAAACUUACAUAUUUGCCCACACUCAAUGAGUAAAAGCCGUGAAUCAGCAAAGAAGAGGAUACCAGCUCCUUCUUCAUAGGCUAGAAGCUAAUCAAUGGCCUCACAAGCAAAGAAUACAUGGGCUAGACAUCUCUUUUAAGGGAAAACUGUUUCACAAGCUUUUAGGUUCUCACUUCUGACUUUAUCCAGCAGAGAGACUCAAAACCAUUAAAUCAAUUAGAAUCCCAAAGAGUGAGUCUCAGAUCCCAAGGGAAGUUGUUUUUUAAGAUGAAACUCUAAGAGUAACAUAGGGAAGAUAACUAACUUUCACAAGUUUCUUGAGCUUAGUAGGCCAUUUAGACACAUCAUAUUUCCAAGGGCUUGCACAAAUGCUCUUACUUUGCUCUUGUGUAUUUUGUCAGAGCUGGGGUAUCAUAUUCCUGAACUCACUGUUGUGUUUUCCCUAGGAAUCACAGACCUAAGACUCAACAUACUGCCAGAAUUACCAAUGGCACAUGUCCUCAUCAGAAUCACUGUGUCCCCUGGGUCAGCAGCACCUGCUCUCCAUAUAUGGGACUAGCUCUCUGAUUCCCGCCAUCAGCUACCUCUUAGCACCCCACCUUCAUUGCCAUGCCCCAGGGUCACCCUGGCCAGCUCUUGUGCUGGGACAGGGGAUUACACCAUCUCUGUUCAAAGAGGGGGAAAUGUGCCUAUGCCUUAAGCCAAUGCACUCAGCAAGGAGAAGCACAUCCUAUUUAUCUUGUUACCUGUAGUUUAUUUUGGAUGGUUGGAGGGAAAUGGUUUAGUCAUGACUGGGCAUCGAAAACUGAUAGACAAAAAUGGCUUCCAGUUUUGGACUCGGAGGAGCCCUGAAUGGAGGUGUGUAACUGGCUUAGAUCAUCCUCGGUGCCACUAGACACCACAAUCUUGAAUGAAGUCUUAUUUAUGGGCCAGAAUGACAUUUGUUUUUGGUUUUGUUCUGCACACGUUUCUAAUUUUUUUCUUACUUCACAAGCUGAAUGGUUUGUUAUCAGAGAUGGAAAAGAGGUUUGUUAUUUCUAAUUUAACAUUCAAGCACUGGGCUAAGGUUUACACACGUGGAAUGUAUUCCUCAGUUGCUUAUUGCCACAAAGUCCUAUCCUGACUCAUGAUUUGGACUUCUGGCUCUAGACCAGGCCUGGCUUCCCUCAGUCUCUCUGCAUAUCUUACUCAGAGGCAAUAGGCAAGACCUUAAAAGUGCUCCAUUUGCAGUAUGGCAAUCUAAAAAGGGAUCCUUUGAGAGUCCUCAGGUUACUGGACAUUGGUAUUUCCAGUAUCUUGGAGGCCCUUUCUGCCAGGAUCUGCAUGUAACACACACAAGUAUAAUUUUCAAGUCACAAAAAGCCCUUCUUAGCUAUUAAAAACAACUACUCCACACCCUUCAGAUAAAACAUAACUCUCAAGUCCUGUGUGGCUAAGUAUAUGAAGAAGACAAGGUUGUCUGGGGCAGGUGGAGGGGAUGUUUUGUUUUGUUUAGAUAGACAGACUGCCUCUGCAUUUGACCAUCUCACACCCAUCACCUAUGGAUAAGUAGAAAUAACAAAGUUCCCUGAAACUCUUCUGAUUUUAUUUCUAGUUGUGACAAAAAAGUCAUACUCCUUGGGAAUUUUUGACAAUUAAAAAAAUGCUAUCAUAGGUCACACAUGCUAAAUUGAACCCUAGGACAAGCAAAUCAACAAAACACACAAUAAAAAUAAUAGCAAUUGGGGAUAUAAAUCAAGAAUCUCUGGAGGAAUACAUGAUACACAAUUCUGGUUUUCAGUUAUGUUGAAGGACCACCGGAUGUCAUGUAAUAAACAGAAUAUGUGGCAUGGGUUAUAGUACAUAUUUCAGUUCAAUCUAGAAACUGGCAAAAUGAAUCCUCAGAACUUUCCCACCCACCUACCCACCCAACCAGAGUAUUUGUCCAUAGUUAUGAAAGAAACAGUGACUGGGAUUCUUGGGGGAGGGUGGAGACCCACAUUCAUAUUAAUGUCUGUUAACCCUACUUUUGAAAAAAUGAAAGUCUUUCUAGUCUUUACAUACACUGUCUUCUGGACAAUCACACCUCUGGGUCUAGUAAGCAGCUGGUGGAAUAACAGGAUUCAAAUGAAUCUUCAGGCUCCUAGAGCUUCUGCUAUGCUAAUAUUCUUUAAAAAAAAAACAUUUCACAAAUCAAAAUGUGAUCUCCGGAUAUAUUUAUCAUUUAGUUCUAUUUGGCAUGUCUAUUCUGUAAAUCAUGAGAGUUCUACUUGGAAAGACUACUUCAAGUUGACAGAAAUAUUGAAGAGCUCCAUGGUAGCAUCUAUCUAGAUAGAAACUCAGUGUGUGGCUUUAUAAUUAACUAAGGGAUAGCACUUACAGGCCUGAACUGGUUUUUAGCUUCCUUCAGAUUAUUCUCUCUCUAAAUAAAUUUUAUUCCAUGUCCACAAACUGUAGACCAAAGAUUGCUUGAGGGUUGACCCUAUAGAAAGGGUCAGUAAACUACAACUUGGAGACAACACUGACUUCCCAGCCAUAGACAUUUACAUGUCGCAUAUGAAUGAACCAUGUCACUCUAUGCCUCCACAGCUGACUGCACAGCCAGCUACACAACAUUAUGACCAUAUAAGCUGUUAUAGAAAACAUUUACAGACCCCUGAACUACAGGUCACUUGUGGAAUGUGUUAGACAGAGUAGAACAGAAGUCAGAUUUCUCAGAAACAGAGAGUAGCCCGUGUUUCCCUGAGGUCUUGGGAAUAUAAAACUUGGCUGAGUAUUUUAAGAAGAGUGACGUGUCUAAGAGAGAAGGCAGAUCAGAGAACAUGGGAUAACUGAAAUAGUGGAAUGAAAAGAAGCUUGGGAACAACUAAGCUUACUCUCUUCAGAGGAACUUUGAUAGGUGUCUCUCAGGUGACCUAAUGCUUGAUCCAAAGUGAGUGAAGGAGAGUGAUCUCAAGUCACAAUCUCUUUUCUGAAAAUCCUUGAGUCCAUCUAUACCCAUGAAGACUGCAUCUUCCCAUGUGCCGGAAAGACUUUCACACCUAGGUUCUCCAGAGAGUACUUUGAUCUUAUAUGACUUCUGUUACCCCUCCAGGGUAGCCCCUGUUCCUACAACCCAUAUUAGACUGCUGAUAGCUGGGAGGAUGAAAAUCAGCAACAUCUUGAUAUAUGUAGGAAUAAGCAAACAGUGCGAUUCUUUCUAUGGAGCCAUUUCUAGGAGUGAGCAGAGGAAUGGCAGUUUACUUUUGCUCUUAGGAGUUUGGAUCUCCUCUUUGCUCCUUGGAGUGGAGCAAAUGCAAAAAAGGACAUGUUUCAUAUCCACAUGCUUCUGCUUCUGUGCGGUAAGACAUGUUCCUAGCAUAGAUCUGCGCCUUUUGCUGAUAGUAGAUUUGAACUACUGUUAAGUCAGCAUCAUUAUAAAUGAAGCUUUGUGUGUGUGAGUAUUCACCUUGGAGAGGCAGGAUAUACUUCAGUAAGAAUGUCUACCAUUUGGGGUACUUAAUAUACAUCAAGACAGGAAAAUUCUCUGCCUUCCAUGUGAAUAUAUCUGAAGGAUCAAGAUGACAGAGCAAUCAAAGUAUCCUGGUUUUACUUAUUUUAAACAAAAGGUAGUCUAAUGCUUGGGCCAAAGGGUUGAACAGAUCCUUUUUUAAGCACCUGAUCCUUUUUAAAGGAUCGGUAAAAGGUGAAAAUUUUUAUUUAUAUAAGUUGUAAACAAAACCAGAUCUCCCACUCCACAGGACACACCUCAGGAAGUCUUAGGUACAAAGACAAGAUGAUAAUCAGUUUCUUGAAUGACACAUUUGCAUGGUUCACCAGUAGCAGGCAGGUGAGGGGACAGACAGUUCUAAUGAAAGCAACAACCUUAGAAAACAGGUCUUUUAUCUCAACGAUAAAAUGUCUCUCUUGGAGUCUUUCAUCACUUUUUCCUUGGAGGAAGACUUCCCUUAUUCCAACAUAUUUCUAUUAAAAUUGUUGAAGCUUACUGCAUUGGGAUGUCAGAUGCAUCUCUUUCUCUGUGGUAAUCGGAAUUUAAAAUUAUACAGUUGCCUCUGAAUUUCUCAUUCACAAAGCCAAACCACUGAUAAGUGAUAAAGCAGCCACAAGCCCGCUGCUCCAGCCAGCACAAUGCACCAUAGGCAUUAGCACUUUCUAAAGCAACGUGAUUUGUAUGAGUCUUAAAAGCUUUCUUCAUAAUGGCGUCCUUGAAAUUUGUCAAGACAGGUCUCAAUGGCAAAGGGAAAAUAAUUGUUUGCAGGAGGUCCUCUUGCUGAGUAUAGUUAGAGCACAAGCGUAGAAGAAAACUCCCUGGUGCCACCAACCUCACACAACUCAUUUGUUCUCCACCCCCAUCUUGCUGUUGUGGACAGAGUAAGAAAUCCAUAUAUUUUUUUAAAGAAGGGGGAAUGCCAUGAGCCUUUGAUGCAGUAGGGAGGGUUGUGUCACUACAGAGUAUUAAUGAUGCCAUCAGACCCGUCUAUAAAGAGCUGCAAGUCUAUAGCAACGGCAGUGCCAACUGCUGCCCCUUAAGCCUAGCAACAGGCAAUGUCGGGACAUGCUUUGAGCUUUCAACUGGAAUAGAUCAAAGGAACAGCUGCUAUAGGCAAGAAGCAGCUGUAGAGUCCCGAUCCACCUGUCCUAGUAGGAGGACAGACUCCUCGGCCAAAAGCCUCACUCAGCGUGUCACCAUCCUCACUGGAGAGGAUGUAGCUUUUGCUUCCUCACUAAAUAUAAUGAACUUGAAGCUGCCCUUGCUGGGAAAAUAGGAAAGAAAACAUAUGUUUAAGAUUUAAAAAAAAAAAAUCUACGCUGCAUACCCAGACGGUCUUCAAAGCCCACUUUUACAUUGGGAUAAAAGUCACUGGAAGCAGAGAUAGCGCAGAUUUCAUAAAGAGAGCCCAAACUAGACUGUUGAUUUAGCUGAGAGUGGUGAAACAGUGGAUUGUCUGAGGACUGAAAGUUAACAUUGGUCAAUGGGAAAGACAUCGGUGUUUCGCAUUCCUGUUAACCUGACUCCUACAUGGGAUUCUAGGAUCUGAAAGGUCAUAGGCUAUUUGUUUUUAGAACAGGGAAAAAAAAGCUAUAAAAUUUUACCACAAAAAAAGUCAUGUCUUCAAAACUCAUGCAUAAAACAAAAUGUUUCCUUGGAUCUGCAGCCUACCCUAGGAUAUGGAAAGCACGAGACUCUACUUCCCAGUUGUUAGCAGAACUGUGUGCUAAUAUUCACUGACGUCGGGACUGGUCCCUGUGCUGAGUGCUUCAUACGCAUCCAUUUACCUCAUCCUCAGAACAGCGCUUUGGAGUUAGGCUCCCAGCAAGGUUUCAGUUCACAGAUAUGGAAAGUGGGACUUCAAGAGCGGGCAUGGGAGCAUUAGCAGGCCUUCUGGUGUUGGUCUCCUUGGUUUGCCUGUGGUGUAUAUGCAAGAUUACAGUCUCACAACAGCGUAAUGCAGCCAUGAUCAUUCAGGCCUUUAUAGCCAUUGAAGCAGGACAGUCUCCCCAAGCAUGGUUGGCUACCAUAAAAAGCUAAAAUGUUAUGCUCAGGAUGCGAGGCUAAGCACUGCACUCAGGGUCAGCCGCUUUCGACCCAGAGAAGAGCAUGUCUGAUUGCAUGCGGGUCGAUGCCCCAGGUCCCGCCUCUGAGAAAAAGGUAUCGGACGGGUCUGAUGCUCUUUGGGUGGAUGACACCUAAAUGAACAUCAGUACAAAGUCCCAAUUUAUUUCUAAUAUCAGAGAUCAGACCUCUACUCUUGCCUGAUGCGUCUAAAACAAAAAGGGGGAACUGUAGAGAGCUGCGUAAUGCCGCACCUUAAAGAUGGAGCUGGUUUCCGCCUUCCACCUUCCUGAUGGUGAGUGCUCUCUGUCACGAACAACUGCACAUUUGGCUAAGGCUGAGGAUCUGGCUUGCUUCCAUGUAUGUGGACCUAUCUGCAUUGCCCACAUGGCACGCUGGGGUUGGCUACCCAGAGGCUAUUUAAGCUGUGGGCUGGCUUUCCCCAGGGUCCAAUGAUUGUUCAAGGUUCCUGAAUAAACUGCAUUGAAAAAAAAAAAAAAAAAAGAGGCUAAGAAACAUAUUCCAGUUCAAUUACCUAUCAAAUGACCAAGCCAGAGUGUGAGCCUCUCUCCUGAGCAGUCGCCAACAUGUCAGGUUAGUUUUCAAGUUGGUGGGAAGCGCGCCCCUCCUAGGUUUUAGAUGGUACCUUCUUGAAUGAAUAAGGCAACAGAACUUUCGCAUCUCUGUUUUCUGUAGGUAUUUUUGUUGUUGUUUUGUUUUUGUUUGUUUUUUGGUUCACUUUGCAUCCCAAUCAUAUCCCCCACCCUUCUCUCCUCCUGGCCCCACCUUCCUUCGCUCUUACCCCUAUCUUUCCUCCCCUACUGCUCAGAAAAAGGGAACCCACCACCAACAACAACCCAUCCCAGCACACAAGUUCAGUUGCAUACUACACUAAAGUGUGGCUAUGUGGAGAGGAGAUAAAGAAAGCCUGACUGAAUAACAAAAUACAGAACAACAACAAAACAAUUGUUUUGUUCUGGUUAUGAUUCUUGUAAAGUCAGACCCCUAGUCCUUAUGAUUAGAAGAUAUCUCAGAGGUAAGCCUCAUAUGCAGGAGAAAACUUGAAUACUCAGUAAUACAUCUGUGUGGAUGAACUAUGCUGUGUUCCCAAUAGAUACAUUUUCUUCUCCUAUACCUCUCUCCAAAAACCAAAUGUCUUUUUUAUGCAAGCUCUUUGACACUAUUAGGCUCUCUUCUCUCCCUCUACUUCUAAUAAAAAUAAAAUCAUCAAAUAAAUUGGGGUUUAAUCUCUAUCACUGAGAACCACCUAGGACUCAAUUAACCUUAAGUAUUCAAUACCCACAUAGAGCUGAGCAAGCCACUUUGACUCUGUAAUGGCUUAAUCUCCACCCUUUGUCAGCUAUCACUAAUGGGUCAUAUCCCUCUCCAGGUACAGAAUUCUUCUCACUAGAGCUUUUAGGCCAUCACCGUCAAUUCUUGAGAGUUGGAAAUGAGAGGCAUUCUAUACCUUAACUAAGCCACCUCUUUUACACUGGUGUCCUGCCCUCAGCCCUGAGGCUAUAGACACCCCAGAAAGUAGGAAGUGAAUGCAUCUACAGCUCAUUAUAAUUAGGUAGUUUUGAAACAUUGUUACCUUCUGAACAAUUCUGUCCAUAACAGUUAACAUAUAAUAUUUUGGGGGGAAAUUAACUCAGCCAAGAUCUGGAGAGAUUACAUACCUGUCCUUGUAAAAGUCUUGCUGCUGGCCUGACCCUCCCAGAUCUGAGAGACUAUGAGCUAUGCUCCCUCAUGCUUCUAUGGGCACCCUUCAUAGGACAGUGGAGGGUCUGCAUACUCUCACACUCAUCUCCUGGGUGAGAGAUUGUCUGUUUCCACCUCUCAUAAAACCUUAGAAAGGAACUCACUAAAACCGUCAAAGACCCUCUGGUUGGCUCGGUCAGGGAUUUCCUUUCCAGUGGUGUCAGUUUCUAAAUGGCAAACCAUGGCUCCGCACCUUUAAUGAGUGUUAUGUAACCAACCUAACAGAGCCCUGAAAGAGACUGGAAAUUAUAGCAUAAUAAAGGGAACUGAUGGGAUACUUAUACCAGAGCAACACAAAAGCAAUUCCUAGCCAAUAUUUUCAUGAGGUGGUGGGAUAAAAAUUUCUUCUCUCUCUUAGUCAGCAUUUACCCUCUUAGAGACCACAAAGCCACAGAAACAUGCCUAAGGUGGUCAUUAUUUAAACACAAUGUAGAACAUCCAUCAUAAUGGGGCUGUAUCCCCCUUUGGAGAAGACACUCUGGGGUUCUUAACAGAAAAAAAAAAAAAUUGAGGUCAUAGAAGUUCAACUGUUUGGUGAUUAUGAGCUUUGAAAAAGGAACACCAUCUGGAUGAAGCUACUGAAUUUGGCCUUUAUGUUAUUUUAGGUUUUGUUUUGUUUUGUUUUUCCUCUAGGUUUGGGUGUUAUAUGAGAAGAACGUUUUAGUUUUGUUUUAAAUAACAUCAAUCCUUGCACACUCUAUGCAAAAAUUUUGUAAGCAUUGCAAUAAUGCUAUGAAUUACAAGGAACUAUUUUAACUUUAUUACACUUUCUGUAUAAAAACAAAUUUGUAUUUAAUAUUAUUUCAACUGCAGUCUUGUAAAAUAUAUUAAUAAAAAAUAAUGAUUGGUAAGAAGGAAA